AUGUCCGCGUCCGACAGCGAACCCGACGCGCUCUUCCUGGGUCUCGACCUGUCCACACAACAACUCAAAGCCAUCGUGCUCGAUGAGGAUGCCGCGCUGGUGCACGAGUCAGCCGUCAAUUUCGACCGCGACCUUCCUCACUACGGCACGACGAAGGGCGCCCUCGUCGGUCCCGCUGAGGGCGAGGUCACUUCACCCGUCGCUAUGUUCCUCGAAGCGAUGGACCUUCUGCUCACUCGCAUGCGGGUCGCCGGUGUGGACUUUGCGCGCAUCGCCGCCGUCUCUGGUGCAGGACAGCAACACGGGUCCGUCUUCUGGUCUCGCAGCGGCGACAGCCUGCUCAACUCCCUCGAUCCUGCGACCUCUCUACUCGACCAGCUUGCUCCAGGCGCCUUCUCCCUCCCUAACGCACCUAUCUGGCAAGACUCCAGCACGACAAAGGAGUGUCGCGAAAUCGAGGCUUCCGUUGGCGGCGCACAGGCGCUCGCAGAUCGCACUGGUAGCCGCGCAUACGAGCGCUUCACCGGCACCCAGAUCAAACGUAUCCGCCGUGUACACCCCGAAGCCUAUGCUGCGACAGACCGCGUCUCCCUUAUCUCUUCCUUCCUCCCUUCUCUCUUCCUCGGCAAGAUCGCGCCUAUCGAGAUCUCCGAUGCAAGUGGGAUGAACCUCAUGGACGUGCUCACCUGCCUCUGGGACGAUGAACUCCUUCAGACUUGCGGCGGGCCGGAACUACGCGCCAAGCUUGGUCCUGAGCCCGUGCGCGGAGGCACUGUUCUCGGCACGGUCUCCCGCUGGUGGACCGAACGCUGGGGUUUCUCGCCCGAAUGCAUUGUUGCGCCUUUCACGGGUGACAACCCCGCCACGAUGGUUGCACUCUCAACUCCUGGUGACGCCGUCCUCUCUCUGGGCACGUCGACGACCUUCCUUCUCGCCAUUCCGCCUCAUGAGGCAGCUCCCGCACGUAUGACCACCUCGCAUCUGCUCGCCCACCCGACUACUGCCGGUGCUUCUUUGGGCAUGCUGUGCUACAAGAAUGGCGCUCUCGCUCGUGAGCAUGUGCGCGACGCUCAUGCCAGCGGUGACUGGGCGCGCUUCAACGAGCUCGUCGAGGCAACACCAGCAGGCAACGCCGGUCGCUGGGGCUUCUACUUCCCCUUGCCCGAGAUCAUCCCACCAGGCGUAUCGGGCGACCACUUCUUCCAAUCCUCGCCCGAUGGCUCCGUGUCAAAGGUGGAGAUCAUCGCAGAGGAGGCUCACCCGCGCGCGAUCCUCGAAUCGCAACUGCUCUCCAUCCGUUCGCGUGUAGCGGCCAUCCUGCCUCCCAACGCCCCGCCCCUUCGCCGCCUGGUGCUCACGGGCGGAUCUUCGCACAAUGCGACCAUCGCGCAGAUUGCCGCGGACAUCCUCGGCAUGCCCGCAUACAUCGCCGCGGAUACCCGUGAGGCGGCCGGUACGGGCGGUGCGCUCCUGGCACGCUUCGCAUGGUGGCGUGCUCAAGCCGGCGGUCGCGGUACUUUCGAGGAGAUGCGCGCUAUGGACUCGCUACGGAUGCGUCGUGUCGCCGCGCCCAAGGAAGACGUUACGCGUGUGUACGACGCUCUCGUUGAGCCGUACCGUACAUGCGAGACGCUCGUUAUCAAGGCUUGCCCUGCAGCGGUGGUAUGA